AUGGGGACAGGGCACAGAACACUGUGUGCGACAGACCCCAAGAUCCGGAGAAACAGAGGCCUUUCCCAGGCCACAGUCAGUGAGAGCGGCCGGCCGCAGUCUCUCUGCUCUGGGCACUCUGUCUGGCUCAACGCCGUGGAGAGUGGCUCCCUUUACCUCCCGACCCCAGGUGGGUCUUCCAUGCUCAACCACACUGUUCAGUUCAGCUCGGCAUUUCGGCAGGCUCAUCACAGUACGGGGGAGUCUCAAGUCGGUCCCCAGCUCCAUACCGUUCCCUGUAUGCAUCGCUGGCGCGCGGUUUCCCGCCCGCCUGAGAGCAGGUGCGCCGCUCUCACAACCCGAGGCAGAGCUGGUCGGCAGCGUCUUCCGCCUCUCGCCUUCGCAGUCUCAAGAGGCUCGGCGGCGUUAGUUUCUGGCCUCUUCCACCGCGUACGGCCGACAAGACUCAUGACUUCCCUGAGCGCAGUUAGCGUGAGGACGGAUCUCAGCGCCCUCGGAUUAGCGAGGUCGGAAGCGCAGGGUUCCCCGUGCGCGUCGGACCAGGACUGCAGCACCCGGAGAUUCUGCCUGGCACCUCGCGAGGAGCAGCCGUUCUGCGCGGUGUGUCGCGGGCUGCGGAGGCGGUGCCAGCGCAGCGCCAUGUGCUGCCCCGGGACGCUGUGCAUGAAUGAUAUUUGCACUACCAUGGAAGAUGCGAUUCCGGUGCUGGAGAGCAGGACUGAUGACCCAGAUGGCCUGGAUGCCACAGGAGCAACUGAGCAACCAGUUGAGAACAAAGCCAAAGGGAAGCCAAAUAUCAAGAAAUCACAAGGCAGUAAGGGACAAGAAGGAGAAAGCUGUCUUAGAACUUCUGACUGCGGCUCUGGACUUUGCUGUGCUCGUCAUUUCUGGACUAAGAUCUGUAAACCAGUCCUAGUGGAGGGACAGGUCUGUUCCAGGAGAGGCCACAAAGACACUGCACAAGCCCCGGAAAUCUUCCAGCGCUGCGACUGUGGCCCUGGGCUGUCGUGUCAAAGUCAGGGCAGUCAGCAGCACGCACGGUUAAGAGUGUGCCAAAAAGUAGAAAAAGCGGUAAACAUUUCAGCAUAAGGAGGAAUCCUCAUUGUAUUCAGGCAGAAUCUCAACACUAACUUCAAAGUACUUCCGUACAAACAUCUCUUAAAAUCAAAUCUAGCAAAAGCAACAGACUGAAACUAGAAAAUUAUGAGAUGCUGCACUUAGGGGAAUGGAAAUUAGAGUUGGUUUUUUGCCCAUU